AACACCUACUUGCGCAAAAACGUCGACGACGCCGAUUCCCGUUUCAUUUUGUUCGCGGCGUCGUCGUCUCGUACGAAAUUGUCGCUUCGGAACCAAUUUAAUAUACCAAAACUACGGACCUCCCGCUUUUUUUGUUUAUUUAUGUGUUGUUCGCGUGCGAGUGACGUGCGCGCCUAGUUUCACGUGUCGAUAUAAAUGAAUAAGUGCAUCUGCAAUUGAUUUUCGGCACCCCCUUGCGAUUGCGAAGCGCCCCCAAGUUCAAAUUCAGAUCAAUGGUUUCAACGUUUCGAAAAGACUGACUCGAGUGUCAAAAGGAUGUCCUGCUAGCGGCGAACGCGCAAAAUGUCUCCGCCGAGCGUUCACCGUCGUCGUAGCGCAGUAAACAGUUCCGUAGGAUGCCGUAGGAGAAUAAGUUAGCUAUGCCUGGCUUAACCGCGUUCAAUCGAAGGUGGAGUGUUGGAUCUGACGAUUUCGUUCUACCCGGCGCCAUCUUAUCGCUAUUUCACUUAAUAUGUGCCCUAAUUCUAACGGGUGUGCUGUGCCUAACUGACUUUAAAAACUCGGAUCACUGCGUACUUGAAUUAUGGAUAUUUAAUAUCGUUUACCUGUCUAUAGUCCUGUUAUGUUUAAUGUUAGAGUUUUAUAUGUCGUGCGUAUCAUACAAGGGGAGUAUUUUAAAUACCGAGCCACGAAGUGCUGUCAAAUAUAUACUGUAUGUUAGGUUAUUGAUUCUCAAUGGAGAGAUGGUUGUUCUCGGGUACGGAAUUUACUGGACGGCCGUCAACUAUCAUACCUGUCCUGUUAACUAUGCCAAAACAGUAUUUUUAGUUUUAAUUACACUGAACUGGUUUACUAUAAUAUGUAUACUUGUAAAUAUAUGGUGCGCCUACGAUCCCGCCGGCAGGUCGUGGGUGAAAAUGAAAGCGUAUCAGAGAUCCAUGCGGGAAUCGGAAUCGAAGUAUCAAUACAAACGGUCCGGUAGUACAAGAAAUUGGAGGCAAAGGAAGGUUAUGAAAGCGUACCAGGACAGCUGGGAUCAGCGAUGCCGCCUUUUAUUUUGUUGCAUGCGUGCUACGGACACGAACCGCAACUCGUUUAGAGAAAUAGCAAGACUGCUGUCGGAUUACUUUCGCGAUUUAGAUGUUGUGCCGUCCGACGUCGUGGCCGGCAUUAUUUUAUUGAGAAUAUACCAGAAGAUCGAGAGGAGGGCGAUCAUCGAAAGGCGGAAGAACGACACGUACGAGUUCCUUUCGGGCGUGCCCGUGACGUCGAGUACCAAAUUCUUGUCGCUUCAGGAGGGCGGGGCCGACCUGGAGCUGUUCCAGACGGUGAUCAGGUACGUGCACUUCGCCGUCAGAGCGUACGGUUGGCCAAUGUUCGUCAUGACCAACAAGAUGGGCUUGUGUCACAUCUGCUCGAACGCCUCGUGCUGCUUUCCGAACGUGCGUAACGGCGUCGAGGUGGUCGAAGAUAACUGCUGCAACUUCAACCGUGCCGCUUUACAAACACUGUCGGAGUUUGGCAACAUUGAGAUUAUCUACGCGACGUACCACGUCGACAUCGGAAAGACGCCGUUCUUCAUCGCUCUGGAUUACGACCGUGAGAAAAUCGUGAUCAGCAUUCGAGGAACGCUGAGCAUGAACGACAUUCUUACCGAUCUCAACGCGGAAGCGGAACGAAUUCCUGUUGAACCGCUGCAUGACGACUUCCUCGGACAUAAGGGAAUGGUGUCCGCUGCUGUGUACAUAUUGGAAAAAAUUAGAUUAGAAAAGCUACUCGAACGAGCUCACAACUACCGUACCUUUCUCGGCACUAAGGAUUACGACCUGGUGAUCGUGGGCCAUUCUUUGGGAGCCGGAAUCGCGAGCAUACUAGGAAUCAUGCUGCGAAGGGAGUAUCCCAAUUUAUCUUGCUAUUGCUAUUCGCCGCCAGGUGGACUCUUAAGCAUGGCUGCAAUGGAGUACACCAAGUCCUUUACAACGGCGGUAGUUUUGGGCAAAGACGUCGUGCCAAGAUUGGGACUCAACCAAAUGGAGGCGCUUCGUGCAGAUCUCAUUAAUGCAAUCAAGAGAAGUGUAGAUCCAAAGUGGAAAAUAAUUUCGUGCGGCGUGAUGUGUUGCUGUUGCGCGAUCGAGCCGACUUCCGCCACGGAGCUGUCAACGGCCGACCAAGUGAUGGCCGAUUACAUACAGGAGAAGCAGCAAACUCGAACGACAGGGGGCGUCCAUCCCUCCGACAGCACGAUCGCCCUCACGCGGCAUCCGCCGAUGUAUCCGCCAGGUCGUGUCAUCCACAUCGUCCGGCACCACCCCACCAAGGACGAACAAAAAUAUGAAAAGUCAUGGAGGAAGGCGCUGUCGGGGAACGAUCCUGUUUACCAGGCGAUUUGGGCGGAGAACACGGAUUUCGAUGAGGUUCUCAUCUCGCCGGUGAUGAUUCAAGAUCACAUGCCCGACACGUUACUUACGGCACUUAAUAAGGUUGUAAUCAACAUGGGACCAAGAAAACCUCGCCGUCUGAACUUGAAUGACGUCUGGAACGAGUACAAGACUCAGCAGGAAGUGGCAGAGCGGCAGAAUGUGUGCUUGGAGACUUGCUUCACCGCCUUCCCCGAGACUGCGGUUUUUCCGCCCAAAGUGGAACCGAUCAAAAGACUAGUGCAUAAGGUCGAAAUCGCCCGGAAGAUGCUGGCGCCCCUCGCUCAACCGGAGUACUUCUCUGACACUUCCAGUCUCACUUCCAACAACAGCAAUUUGGAACCGGCCCCUGAAAACCCCACCAUCGCCGAUUCGCCACAGGUCAUCCUCGCCAUGAGGAGAACCCCGAAGAUCAUCGGCAACCUCAGCACCUGCGACGACGACAUCCGAAACGUGAAAACCUUCGAGAAGUUGGCCAAGGCGAGCCACACCGACAAGUCGAAUUCGAGCAGCAACGUUAGCAGCACAUCCGGUUUCAGUGGUAGGACGAACUGCUCGAACGAGCACGAACACUUCGUGAGUUUAGGUAGUUGCUCGUGGCAGCGUUCGUGCGAUAGUGAACAGGUGAAGAGCACGUCGCUCGCAGAAGACCUUCUCGAGGAAAUCUUGGAGUACGCCGAGUGCGCCGAGUUUUUCAAAUCGGACAGCCUCCUCACCGACUACGGCGAUCAGCUCGUCGACGGCGACACCACCCUGAAACUGCCCACCCUCCGAUUCUCCGAAACCUCCCACUCGCCGCUGAUCCUCUCACCCUCCUCCCUCGACAUCGACCCCGACGUCAUAUCGAACUACGCGAUCGACCUGAAUCUCGAACAGGAGCACAGGUCGCUGCUCUCCUACCAGAAUCUCCACUCCUCCAUACUGAAGGUUCAGGGUAACAGCUGCAACGGUUCGAACUCGCCCCUGUGUUCAAAAACGGUCACGUUCAAUCCCGAAGUGCUCAGCAUUGACGACAAGGUCGAACAGGCCGAGACCGGAAAGGAACGGUUCAGACUCUGGACGUAUAUACAGUCCCAUUUCGCGAAAAGAUCGAAACACUCGAGCGCGGAGGUUUCGUCCAAUAACGUAUCGACAAUUAGUAGUAGAUCCGAUAAGUGCAGCGUCGAGCCUUUGCUCGACACGUUCAAAAGUGACAGUGAGUACACCUAGUGCUCUAUUUUUUGAGUCGACCAUUUUAUGUCUUAGUUAAUACGUCUACUAACUGUGAUUUGUAAUAUAAAGAUAUAUUUAAUAAUUGUUUGAUAUAUCCAAGUUUAUCGUUUAAAUAAUAACCAUAAUUUUUG